AUGGCGACCAAGUUCCUUCAGGCAUUCCUGCUUUUCGCGACAUCUGUUGACUUUGUCCAAGCUGUGCCAGCGCCACACACUGGCAAGUGGGGAAAAGGAGUUUCCCACUCAAAAGGUGCUCGGGCGAUAUACUUCAUCACCAACGACGCCAGCAACUCUGUGGCAGCAGUGCCUGUGGCAGCAAAUGGCAUGUUAUCUGAAGGCACUCUGACCCCGACUGGAGGUGAUGGAUCGAACAGCAUCAGUGGCGCUACGAACGAGCCUGCGGCUCCUGAUGCUUUGAUCUCGCAGUCUUCUUUGACAGUUGCUGGAAAUAACAUCUUCGCCGUCAAUGCCGGGAGUAACACCUUGUCGAUGCUGUCGAUUGACCUGCAGGACUCAACGAAGCUCACAAUGGUCGGUGCUCCUGUCAGCCUCCCAGGUCAAUUCCCCAACACUGUAGCCGCGUCAGCCAGCAAUCGACUCGUCUGCGUCGGCACCACUGGAGUCACCAAUGGCGUCUCCUGCUCGUCUUUCUCAAAGAAAGGCCUCAGUGCGAUGGACGGCUUGCGCUCCUUUGACCUCGUCCAAACCACUCCUCCUGUUGGUCCAACGAACACAGUCUCACAACUAUUCUUCUCCGAGGACGAGUCUCGCCUGUUCGCGACGGUCAAGGGUGAUCCCACAGUCAACAACACGGGAUUCUUCUCGGUGUUCCCCGUCGAAGGAGGAAAUUGGCAUAUGCGUUCGAGUCUUUCAAUGACGGAUACUCGCAGCUCACCGGCAGGAACGGCUGUCCUAUUUGGCUCGCAACCUAUCCCUGGAACGUCCGAUGUCUUCGUGACAGACGCAUCUUUUGGCGGUGCUGUUGUCUCGGUAGAUCCAACGAGCAACACGGCGUCAACUGUAGCGAAGCAGGAAGUGGAGGGUCAAAGCGCGACAUGCUGGGUCACCAUCUCUCCCGCGACUGGCACUGCAUUCGUCACCGACGUGGGCGUGAACCGGGUGGUGGAAAUGAGCUUGAGAGACGCCAGCAUUGUUUCUAUUCUGGACUUGUCAGCCAAUGGAGAUCCUGGACUCAUCGACUUGAAAGCCGCAGGCAACUUCAUCUAUGCUCUGUCUCCGGGCAACGGGACCACCCCGGCCGCUGUCACAGUGUUGGAUGUCUCUGGAGGCCCGGGCUCGGCCAAGCAGGUUCAGCAUUUCCAACUGGAUGGGAUGGGUGUCGACAAGAACGCCCAGGGCAUGGCAUUUUUUUAA